UCGCAUAAGCAAUAUGAGCAAAGAAAUAAAGAAGAAACAACAUAACAUAUGGGAUCCAAAGACCAAAAAAAUGCAUUGCUCCAUCAACAUUUGGAGCAACUCGGUUCAAUUACUAAUUCCCCUUCUGUGAAUAAGGCAUCAAUCAUCGUCCAUGCAUCUAAGUACAUAGAGGAAUUAAAGGAAAGGAUAGACAAGUUAAAUGAGGAUGUCUUAACCUCACAACCUUCUCAUAUUGAUGAUGAAAAUUCCUUACCAUUGGUUACAGUAGAAACCCUAGAAAAGGGAUUUCUAAUAAAUGUGCUCUCAGAAAAGAAUUGCCCUGGGUUGUUAGUCUCCAUUUUGGAAGCAUUUGAAGAACUUGGCCUUGAAUUAUCGGAUGCUAGGGUUUCUUGUUCCGAUAGUUUUCGCCUUGAAGCUGUUAGUGAAACCGAAGGACAGAUUGAUAGAGUAGAUGCCCAAAUGGUAAAACAAUCAGUCUUGGAAGCUAUAAGGAACUGGAGCCAAAGCAAUGAACAAGAUUAAUUUAAUUAAUCAGUUUUUGUUAUAGAUCGUCUCCUCCCUCUGUUCUUUAAACAUAUCCCUAGCUACCAACCAAACCAUAAAAAAAGGAAAAAGCAAAGAGGCAAAUAAACAAAAAGGAAAAGUCUUUUUUGUAGCUCCUGCAUGUUAUAAUUAAGAUCAAUCAACAACGUAUAUCAUUCCGAAAA